AUACUGAAAUAGUACUUUAGUAUCGAACAUGCAAAGCAGGAGGAUAUUGUCGAUGCUAUUGCUAAGACCAAUCCGUCGUAGCCAUCAGGCAGAGGAAGGUGUUGUAUAAUCGGUUUUCGGUGAUGGUGUGGUGUGCUCCCAGAGGAUAGAAGGAACAGUGUCCAGUGCCCCCGAUGCGUGUAUCGAUUUUCCACCAAACGACCGGUCGUCUGCAUUGUCAGACCGGAACUUCGAAAGUAUUGAAUUUGUAAAUGAACGUUCGUACAAGUAGCUGAAGUAAUUUGUUUUGUAUUAAUCAUCUAUCACCGCGUACCCUUCACCUCUUGCAUAUACAGAGCUCGUAAUUCUAAUCUCUGUGUUCAAUCAAUAUUAUCAAAAGUAUAACGCUAAAUAAAACACAAGUAGUGUAGAUAGCCGACUCGCGAUUGUGUCAUAUAGCUGCAAGGCUUCAAAACUGGAGCAUCUCAGCUAUUGAUUAUCAUAUAACCGUCUAAGCAAUCGGAGAUUAUUCUGGUAAUGAUUCCUCCUUCCUCAACGAAGCUAGUCAUAAAGUGAGAACGAGAAAGUAGGAAAGGUUCAAUUGCAUUUCCCGAGUUACAUAACAGCUGAUUGAGGCACAGCAGAAAAUAACAUUAAAACCAUCCUGCGACCGUAUCGGAAGUGGCCAGUAGGGGCUCACAAGAAGCAGAAUACCAACGCGAUUUAGGCCCAUCGAAAAAAAUUUAGUGCUCUAGACAAAAACUAGGAUUGUAGUAUGUGCGGACAAAUUUCACAGCAAAAGUGAUACUGAAGGUAAUUUUUUGGCAAAGUACUAAACCAUGUGAAGUGACGAGUGGUUUUUCGAAAAGCGUGGUGGCAAAAAGAAUCACGAGGCACGUGAGUUUCAUACAGACAUACGCGCGACCACGGUAGCGGUGGCGACAACGAUUAUGCAACGACGGCAUAGACGGGAAUGAAGCUUCUUUAAAUAAGGAAAUAUUUGAGGAUCGGGCUCGGUUAAUUGUCCGUGUGUGUGCGAGCAUUAGGGAAAAUGAGUUGUUCAGACUAACUGGCAGAUCAGAAUUGUGUUUUCGUUGGUCGCACCCUUGAAGCGAUUUUUCUGUUCAGAGUGAAUUUCUUGCUCGGCUUGGGCAGGUUUAAGUUCAAUCGCAGGCAACACGCUGAGGAAAAGAAUUAUCAUCGGAAAGACUGGCAGAGCAUCGAGUUCAUUGCAUAGUCGGUGAUCCAGUUGUGCCAACGGAAACCGGUACAGUUAUCACCACCCAAUGGCGAAAGGAGCUAAGAAAAAAACGAAAUGGGUGUCCCUUUCGCUAGCCAGUGCCACCACCACUGAUGUUCCAACAGCCGAACAGAAUGCCGCAUCCAAAUCAAACCGAUGGAACAACCAAAUUGCACGCGAUGAUGAAAAUGCGGUGAAUGCAGAUAAAUUAUCGUAUUCACAGAAUGAUAUCUCUAAUGCUUCUUCCGUUGAGCGGAAAUCAUCUUGGAACAGCAGCCAAAAUUAUUCUAAUGGAAAUCGAUCCCAUCCUUCGAGAAAUUAUUCGGAUCAUUUUAAAAGUCAUUACAGUAGGAGUUAUUACCACAAUGAUAGUAGGAGGUCCCAUCACAGUGGUUAUAAUGAUAGGAAUAGAUUCAAUAACGUUAACGAAACUAAAAGCGAACAAAAUGGUACUGUGAUCAUUAACGAAGAAGAAUACACGAAAAUCACUACUCCACGACAAGAUGUUUUGUUCAAGAAAGGCUACCUAUCGAGGCCCAGAAAGCACACAAUGACAUCAACGAACGCGAGUGAGACUGAAUUUGCGGUGGGAGGCAGUUCCACGAAUGACGCGACCGAUGGCAGCGAUGUAGCCACCGGCAGUGGAACCGUGUCCACCGCCGAAUCCAUCACGUCCGAUUCAACGUAUCUCACCGAUGGCCAUCUGCUGGAUUAUCCUGCGCCGUUGCCGUACUUUGGGUACAUUGAUCAGAGUGGAGUUAUAGUAAUGAAUGGCUUUGCCGUUGAUAAUAGUGGAUACUCGUACAUGAACGGUGGUCAGACAUACAUUUACCCUCCUAACUACCACUGCCAGUCUUCGUUCGACGAGGGUGGUCAAGUUGAGCUUACUGAUGCGGCGGAACCAAUAGCAUCGGAUGGCGAUCAGCAUCAACCAGCAGACGAUAGCGUUUCGGAGAUCGAAAAUGCUGCCAAUGUGCUGGACGCUAGGCUAAACAGCAUUUCCGAAGAAACCGUCGAUGGGCUGGUGAACGAAAACGAUAGUGCGGAGUUUAAUCAACAAGUUCCACAACAGGCGAUGCUUUCAUCAUUCGAAAACUGCUACGAUUAUGCUCAAUAUUAUAAUCCUUUCUUCUAUCCCGGCUGUGUUGUUGCACCGUUUCCAAUGGUGGCGAAUGAAAUGUACUGUGAUCAGUUCGAUGGCGUGAGUGAGGAAGAACAAGCCAGGCAACAGAGCUUCAGGAAGCGGAAGAAACGUUACAGAAACUGGGAUGAGUACCCAUCGAACUUUUACCCGGAUGGAACAUUCGACACGAUGUACCAGUACCCGAAUUUCUCAUGCAUCCCGGAGAAGGAAAUAUCUAAUCCCACUGAAGUGCCUGUUGACGCUAUUAUUCCUGAACUUAACGAUAGAACGGUUCCCACUCUACCACCAAUCAACGAAACAGUUGAUAACAAUCUAAAUACCAUAGAAUCUACCCGUAGUGAGCUUCCUACUAGUCGAGCAGAACAGUGUACCUCGCCAACGCGUCAACCUAAAUUAACUAAUGUGCAGAAGGCCGAUGAUCAAUCUCACCCGAGUAUCGUUUCUAGUAAGUCUCGAUCUCAUACCCAGAAAACACGUAAGAAGGAUCUUAUUGAGCUGACUCGUGCCUUCGCCGAGCAAAAUAUAGACCUCACAAGGCCUGCUAGUUUGUACCCAACCGCAGAAGUUCAAAGAAGAGAGUCUAGUGAGUGGCGAACGGUUCGCAAUGGCAAAGAAAUAACAAUCGACGAUGAUAGAGAACGAAGUUCGGUUAGGGCGAAGAAUGACAUCAAGAAAAUCAACGAUGCUUCGGAGCCAGUUUUAAAAGAUAAACUAUUCUUCGAUGAUUGUAAGCCAGACCAAAUGGUGCAGAUGGAAUCUUCUGGAAGCAUCAAACAAGGUCGAAAAGAAACUAAUGCGAAGAAAGGUAAAAAGACUGCCAAAGGAAAGGGGAAGAAGCAGAAGAAGUCAGGAGCUUUACACCAACAAACAGGUUUUGUGGUAAUUGAACCAGAAUUUCCCGUUGUCCGUGAACGAUCGGUUGAUAAAAACGAUUUCCCUCCAUCGACGGACGUAGAAGAAGAAGAGAUGCUAAUUAGUGACAAUGAAGAUCCUGAAUUGAACAAAGAACAACAUGAUGUCGACAAUGUUAUUAGUGACAAUGAAGAUCUUGAAGAAUUGAACAAAGAACAUGAUGUCGACAAUGUUGUUGAGCAUGAAGAAGUACAAAUCCAAAUCUUGCACGAAGAAGAAUCAGUAAGUGCGGUGUUGAUCACUGAUGAAGUUGUCGAGGAUGAUGACGAUGAAUGUCUCGAAGGGGAUCUUCUUGAUAUUCAGCUGUCCGAUUUAUUAAUUGAAACAUGUGAUAGGGAAGGCAUUAACUGUGAAGCUGAGAAAGAAACCGAAGAUGAUGUUAGUUCCAAAGUCAAUGAGAUAGAAAAUAUUAAUAUUUCAGAAGAACUGACUGUACAAAAUCCAACAGAUGAUAUAGAGGAAAACGUUGAUAAUGAACAGCUUGAGGUGCCUUCACAUUCGGAAGAGUUACGCGAAAUUGAGAAUGUUGCAACCAUAUCUAACGAAACAUACGCAAAAGAAGAUGAAUCAAUAGAAAUUGAAGUGGAAGCGAACUGUAGUCUUCCCAUUUAUCACACAGAGUUAUCUCCCACAAACGAGAUGGAUAAGUACGAGUUAGAUGUAAGCGAAGAAGAGCAGAAGUGCAAGCAUUUUUCUAAUGAGGAAUACUCUGAAGAUUUUGACUCUGGUGUUCAAAGUCCGGCAGCGUUCACGACAUCCAGUUGCAACAGUAAGGAGCGCAAAUGGUCAUCCAGUUCAGUAGGCAGCCAGGAUAUUCAUUUAACAGAUGCAGUUACGAAGUGGCUCUCUGAAACGUUGAGUAAUAAACGGUUGGAAGAAAUGUUUGUUCUACCGGAAGACCCGCUCUUGCUGCAUAGGAUUCAUCAGUUCAAUAUGCUGAGCUUUGACGAUUCCCUCGUACUGUCCUCGGACACGUACAGCAGCAGCAGUGGCGAUGAAGUUGAUGAAUACGUGGACAGUGACUACAUGAGCGAUGCACAGACCAAGAACCGCCGAGAUCUCAACGGUUAUCUCGCCGGUCAACAAAAGACAGAAAUCAAGAAAGACCAGCUUCUUAAGCAGACUGCAAAUGGUCACCGCCACAAUGGAGGUGACCAUUCUAAUCAUAAGCAAAAACGCUGUAUUAUUAUGUAACGCCUUAUGCAACAUAAUCAUUUCACAUGGAUGAAAAACGCGCAAAAUAUAACAAAAAUAUGCAUGCACACUACUUAAAGAUUAAAAAAAGCUAAACAUACUUCAUAAACCGGCUGAAUUUCCAAUUUUCUGUUUGUAUCGUUUUGUUUCGCAUUAUUUAAAGUUAAUGAACUAAAUUGAAAUUAAAAAUUACGAUAUAUGUAA